UUCCUCAAACUCCAUUAUAAAUACCCCUCAUGGCCGAGGAAGGCUUUCACAGUCGCCUUUGGACACAGCCAGGGCCAAAUCUCUCUCCUCUGGCUUCCCAGCAGUUGCAGAGCCAAACGUCAGAGGCAGCCACCUAAAAAGAAAAAAAGAAAAGGAAGAAAGGGAGGAGGAAAUCCGCAGCCAAGAGAAGGAUGAAGUCAGCAGCACAAAGUGGUAUUCUUUCUCUCAUUUGCAUUGCACUUUGGUCGCUCUUGAUGUGCUCAGCUGCACCCUUGCCCGAGUCCUCUGGGGACCCAGAACUCAUCCAGUUUAAAUGGAAAAACAAAGAAUUUGUCGCCAGGAUGAAGAGCGAGAUCAGUGACUUGAAAGAAUCGAUGCGUACAGAUUUCAGCCUCGGUACCGAUGAUCAGUUUCUCUUCAUGCAGGAUUUCCUGAGCAUUGAGCAAGUGGAUCAUUCCCAUUGCCAGAAAGCAACCUGUGAUCUGGGAAAUUGUUUCAAGCAAUUGCGGGCAGGCCUGCACACCUACUACGGCUACCUCUCACACAUUAAACAGAUCCUGCCAAAUUACACGAACAGAGUAUCCAGUCUCCAGCUGGACACCUCAAACCUCUCCACCAACAUCCAGCUGCAGUUUGAAGAAAGUAGCCUGCCUGUUGUCACCUAUCCACAAGCAGAAAACCAGUCCAACAUUUUUCAGGCACAAAGAGAAAUUGGAAGCUAUCUUGUCCUCCGCAAAUUCAUGCUGUUCAUGGAUGUCAUUACACGAGCGCUAAACCAUUGCAUUGUGUAAUUUGAAAGGAGGUGUGAAGGAUUCUCCCGGGAGGAUGCUCCUGAUUGACUUCUCUUUGACCAAAGAUGCAGACUGAAGAGAGAUGGAUGCCCUUUUCCUGACAGAAUUGCUUAGACUGACAGGGCCGCUGAAUUUUGUUAUUUAUUCAUUUUUAAACAUGUCAAAGUAUAUUUUAUUUAAAGUGGUGGUAGAAUAAAACAGGGUUUAAAAACAGGCAGCAACCAAGAGCCAUUUUUACUGGCUUAUUGGGGUUCUCCUCUGCCAUUUUCUUUUGACAGGAAAUAAUGUGGAUUAUAUUUUUGCUACUGAACUAAUCCUUUUUAUCAUUGUGCCCACAACUUCAUACUGAAUUUUAACCCAGUUGGUGAAGUUCUUCCAAACACAUGUUUGAAACUUUGAUUGGAAAAAAUACCCAAUGAACAAUGCUGUAAUGGUAGUUCUUGUAAUUUUCAAACUCUGAUGACCUCAGAGGCUAAAAUAUAAUGAAUCUUCUAGCAGCAUUUUCUUGAUCAUAAAGUAUUAACUCUUUCCUCUUUCUGCAAAAGCGCAGGUUGUAUACAAUCCAUAUAGGUACUUGGAGCCGUGUGGCGCAAUGGGUUAAAACUCUUGUGCUGGCUGAACUGCUGACCUGAAGACCUUAAGGUUGGCGGUUCGAAUCCGUGAAAUAGGGUGAGCUCCUGUCUGUUAUCCCCAGCUUCCCAUAUGGGAACAUGAGAGAAGCCUCCCGCAGGAUGGUAACACAUCUGGGCAUCCCCUGGCCACAUCUUUGUAGAUGGCCGAUUCUCUCACACCAGAAGCAACUUGCAGUAUAUUCUCAAUUAC